AUGUCGACCGGCAGCAAAACGGCGCCGACAACUGGGGCAGCCGCCGUAGCUGCCUCCUAUCCCCGCACCCAGCCAACACCCAAAAUCACCGCGACCGCUGAGCAGGCCUCCAAGCCGAAAUCGUCGGCCAACAGCGCUGUCGCUGCUGCCGCCAAGGACAAGAAGAGCCACACCGUCGACACAUUGACGUCCUCUCUCCAGAGCACCUCGCUCGGCAACGCGCCUCUCGACCUCCGCGGAAAGACGCUCAAGGCAUUACUCCUCGAGCCUGUCCGCGAGCGCGAGGCCCCAACGAAAGUCGCCGAGGCUCAGUCUGCGACAGGGCACGACGGAGCGGCGGUUACCGACGCCGCAUUAGCACCAGAGGCUCCAAAAGAGGUCGGGCUGGCCGACUACAUCGCCGACCGCAUCACGCGUGAGGGCGGCGAAUUCGUGCUCCACGUCGGCUCGGCCCAGCAGAACGGCGGCCAGCCCAUGUCGCUGUCGCAGAGCGAGCUCGAACAGGCCAUCGCCAAUGUCGAAGCCGCCAGCAAGAUUGCCGACUGCGACUCAAAGCUCCUCCAUGUCGAGACCACCCAGGAUGGCGAGAGGAUAGCCCACCUGAUGAUCCGCCGCAUCCCUGCCAGCGCCGAGGAGCUCGUGGAGCUUCGCAUCGCCGUCAUUGGCAACGUCGAUGCCGGCAAGAGCACCAUGCUCGGCGUGCUGACAAAGGGCGGCCUCGACGACGGCAGGGGCAAGGCGCGCGUCAACCUCUUCCGCCACAAGCACGAGAUCGAAUCGGGCCGCACCAGCAGCGUCGGCAUGGAGAUCAUGGGCUUCGACUCCAAGGGCAGCCCCGUCACCAACGGCAACGGCAGCGAGCCCGGCAGGAAGAUGUCGUGGGAAGAGGUCUGUGCAAAGGCCUCCAAGGUGAUUUCGUUUAUCGACCUCGCUGGUCACGAGCGAUACCUCAAGACGACCGUGUUUGGCAUGACGGGUUGCCUGCCGGACUUUGUCAUGCUUAUGGUCGGCGCCAAUGCCGGCCUGAUCGGCAUGUCCAAGGAGCACCUGGGCAUUGCGCUGGCCUUGUCGGUGCCCGUCAUCGUGUGCAUCACCAAGGUCGACAUGACGCCCGCCCACAUCCUCGAGGCGACCAUCAAGCAGCUGUGCAAGAUCCUCAAGUCGCCCGGCUGCCGCAAGGCGCCCGUCUUUAUCGGCGACAUGGGACAGGUCGUCGACACGGCGCUGCGCCUAGAGACGGAGCGCAUCUGCCCCGUCUUCCAGAUCAGCAACGUGACCGGCGAGAACCUCGACCUGCUGCGCAGCUUCCUCAACAUCCUGCCGCAGGCCAGCGCCGCCAAGUUCCGCGUCGACCAGCCGUUCGAGUUCCAAAUCUCGGACAUCUUUUCGGUACCCUUCGUUGGCACCGUCGUGUCGGGCGUGGUCCUCUCGGGCAGCUGCAGGGUGGGCGACAACCUGCUGAUCGGCCCGGACACGCUGGGCCAGUUUAGCGUCACGUCGAUCCGCUCGAUCCAGCGUAAGCGCGUCAACGUCGACGGCGCCAGCGCCGGGCAGUCGGUGUCGUUUGCGCUGAAAAAGAUCCGGCGCAAUCAGGUGCGCAAGGGCAUGGUGAUGCUCAGCCGCACCGACCCGGCGCCGCGGGCUUUUAUGGAGUUUGACGCAGAGAUCCUCUGCCUCUACCACAGCACCACGCUGUCGCUCGGCUCGUGCAUGGUGCUGCACGCCGCCAGCAUCCGGCAGACGGUGCGCAUCAUUGGCAUCGCCAAGCUCGACGGCAAGUCGGGCGACACGCCGGCCUCUGCUGCCAACCCGGGAGGCGACAAGCCCGUAGUGAGGACGGGUGACCGCGCCAAGCUGCGGCUCCAGUUCCUGCGCUACCCCGAGUUUGUCAAGCCCGGGAUGAAGCUGAUUACGCGCGAGGGCAAGACGAAACUGAUCGGCGUGGUCCGCUCCGUCGGUCAGUCGGGACCGCUGGUUACGGGCGGAUCGCAAGCGGCUGGCGGCGCCCAAUCGUCAUCGUCGUCGUCGUCGGCGCCCGCGUCUGCCGUCCCGCCGGCACCUGCAGCGACCGCCGUGGGCGUCUGA